AUGGAUCCAUUUGAGCUAGCAUUUGCUGAGACUGACAAAACUGAUGCAAUUCUAGUGGUUAAUGGAAAGAAAUUGCAUGUUAAUAAAGCGCUCCUCUCCAUUCACUCUGAACACUUCAACACCCUGUUCAACUCGGAUUUCAAGGAAAAAUCAAUGUCGGAAAUCGAAAUUAAGGAUGUGGAAUUUGAAGAUUUUGUCACAUUGCUCAGUCUUAUCAUGCCAGAAACAAUGCCACUGAAAAUUCAAAAAUUCGAGAAACUUCUGGAACUAUCCGAUCGAUUUCUCAUUCCAGCUGCCAAACGCCACGUGGCACUUUUCAUUGCUCAGUCGGAUAUGGAUAAGGAGGAGAAGCUGAUAUUGGCUGAUAAAUUCGAUUUGGAGAUUUUGAGAAACAAUGCACUGGCAGAUUUCUCUCCUACCAUUCCGACUACUUUAACACCCUUUUCAACUCGGAUUUCAAGAAAAAAUCAGUGGCCGAAAUCGAAAUUAAGGAUGUGGAAUUUGAAGAUUUUGUCACAUUGCUCAGUCAUGCCAGAAGCAUUACCAUUAGACAGUAAUCAAAAUACAUCGAAAAAUGCGAGAAACUUCUGGAACUCGCCGAUCGAUUUCUGCUUCCAGUCGCCAAACGCCACGUGGCUCUUUUCGUUGCUCAGUCGGAUAUGGAUAAGGAGAAGAAGCUGA